UUUUGUUCUUUUCCUUUUCUAAUUGCACAGGUUGUUGCUUUCUUGGGAGUGCUUAUUUACAAAUUCUAUGGAGAUGAACUUAGAGAAAUGUUUGGUUAUGAAGAACAUCCAUAUGGAUUUUAUACAAUGGCUGUUCUCGCCAUUAUUUUGGUGGGUUUGCUCUAUGGCUUCUUUAUAGCGAUAAUAUGUGGCCAAAGAAUCAAUGAACGCCACUACCAUGUUCUUGCGAAACAAGAACUGACAAAGGAAUAUGUGGUAGAAGAUCGAGAACAUGUAAAGAAUGUGCCUGAACUCGACUAG